AAGAUGACGACUUUCCUUUGAAGCCGUGAAGCUGGAGCCAGCUGGAGCCAGAUGUCAUGAGUGGAGAGGAUGCGCCGCCUGGCAGAGAGGAACCAGCCAAUGUAGCUACAGCUGCUGGUGUGGAGGCAAGCAAUUCAGCUGGUGAAGGAAGCCCCGAAGCAGUCCCUGAAAAGGCCGGAACACCUGCCCAACCUGCAGAGCCUGUUGAAGAGAAGAAGCCGGAGGUGGCGCAGAGUGGCUCCAAUGCAGCUGAGGCCGGGGCAACCACCUCACCUGCAGAGCCUGUUGAAGAGAAGAAGCCGGAGGCAGCAGCAACAGGAGAGCCAAGUGCCCUUGCCGAGGUUGAAGGACCCACCCAAGCUGCAGAACCUGUUGAAGAGAAGAAACCAGAGGCAACCGCAACAGAAGCAGGUGAGGCAAGCCCAACAGCUGAGGCUGUGGUGGGACCUGCUCCAUCAACCCAGCCAGUGGAAGAGAAGCCGGAGGCAGCAGCAACAGAGGAGCCAAGUGCCCCUGCCGAGGUUGAAGGACCCACCCAAGCCGCAGAACCUGUUGAAGAGAAGAAACCAGAGGCAACUGCAACAGAAGCAGGUGAGGCAAGCCCAACAGCUGAGGCUGUGGUGGGACCUGCUCCAUCAACCCAGCCAGUGGAAGAGAAGCCGGAGGCAAGUGCAACAGAAGCAGGUGAGGCAAGCCCAACAGCAGAGGCAGCAGAUUUGUCGCCGGAAUUCAAUUGGUCCUCCUUGAGUGUGGCCACCGAAGAUGUGCUGGACACAGGGGCGGAAGCUUGCAAAGUGCGCUUGAACUUUGCUGCUUACCUAUCCGAGGGCUACCGAAACAGAGAGGCAGUGAAAGUGAUCAAGGAGGCACAGGAUAGCUUGACGAGGCUGGCACAAUGGGCACUCCAAUGCCCACCCGAAGACUUGGCAGUGCAGGCCUUGGGUCGGGAAGCACGAACUUUGCAUUGCUCCGCAGUGGUUGCAGAGGCAGCUGCCCUGGAUCUUUUCGAAGACGACGAGCAGCCGCCCUUAGCAGAGAUGUCUGAGGAGUUGAAGGAAGCGGCACGCGCAACUUCGUCGACUAUGCCUCCAGAUCAUCCCUUGCCCUUCUUGGUGCGAAAAGCUUUUGGCACGUCUGCUGCGAACCGGACGAGUCAGAGGAGGCGUUCUGUGCUGAAGGAUGUUAGGAGAAUGACUGUCUCCAACAUUCCUUUAUCACCCACAGCAGCUCCUGCAGGAGAAGAUCCACUCCCUGCAGUCACAGCUCCACCUGAGACAGAGCUUCCGAAGCUGGAGACACCUCCGCAGGCCAAGAACAAAAAGCGCUUGGAUGACUCACUAUCGCGGUCGAAGCGCAGUGCCGAGGACCGGGACGUUUUCAAACAGUACUUGCGGGAUAGAGAGAUGGCUCGUGUAGCCCAUCUUCUUUCUCUCAGUGAUGAUUGGGAGAUGCAAACCCGGAGAAAACUCGAAGAGGUUCACCGGCAGGCAAAGUUCGAGUUGGAGCUGACAAACGUUGACGAGCUCAAAGAGAAGCGCUACAGUAGACUUGGACACAAGGUUUACAUGCACCAAAUGAAGACCAUGAACAAAUCUUGGAGUGACCCGAACAUCAGUCGAGAAGCCAAGAAGGACAAGACCGCACCUGAGAUUUUCCACUUGAAGAAGUUGAGUCGGAAAAUAUAUGUGAAGCCACCAACGGUGUUAGCACCGGCACCUGCUCCACCACCAAAGCCCAAGGUAGACCAAGCGCUAGCAGGUUCCAUGAAGGCUUUGAGAGCAGAGGAGCAUCAGUGA